AUGAUCCAUCCAGAGCAUCCGCAUGAUGCGUCUCUUCCUCCGCAGAAUCCGAGAGACGCCCUGAAACCCACAUAUCAAGUUCCCGAAACCUCACGACACACCAAGGAGCGGGAGAACCUAGGGUCUCCAGGCCCCCAAUUCUAUGCCUGUGAGAAUCGUCCACUUCCCACUUUCCCAGCUCCCAAGUUCCCAGCAAGUGCAGACAAAACCCGACAUGAGGGAAAAUAUCCUCCGGUGCCGAAGGCCGAAAAAAAAGGCAUGGCAAGGGGGGAGAGGAGGAGCUAA